AUGAAAAAAGAGUGGAAGCUUUAUGACCGCUUAAUGAGGCUUGAAACCAGACUCGGUGAAACGAGAAGCCUAAUAGAGGCAUCUCCUGAGUGGGAGGAGAAAAUAAAGGAGAAUAAAGAAUAUGCCAAAUUUAGGAACACAAAUUUGAGCAUAUUUGAUGAGAAAUAUGCUCUUCUGUUUCGAGAUUCUGUUGCCGUUGGAGAUCAGACUAUGACUCAUUUACAAUUUCAAAACAAUACCAAUCUGAACGAACAAAAUAUGGAGGGAAAUGGAGAUAGUGAUGAAAUCAAUUUAGAGGAUGAUGAGCCUCGUUUUCCUAGUUUCCAUGAAAGUAGUUCAAGUAAAAGGAAGAAGUCUAAGCUUGUUUCCAACAACCGAUCAACCAAUAGUAAAAGUUCAAUUUAUGAGGAAAAAGUAAAUGCUUUAUUGGAAGUCAUAUCAACAAAAAACACACAAACUUUUCUACAAAGUAAUCCUUCCCCAACAAUAGCAGAUUGCAUGGCCAUUGUCAUCAAGUUUCCCGAUUUUCGUGAAGGAUCCAAAAAUUUUUCACAAGCAUUGAUUGUCUUCAACAAAAAAGCUUAA